AUGGCUCACGAAGGCCAACAUCAGUCCCCGCUUGAAUUGAUAACCCAGAAUGUGAGAAGCAUUUUAGCUAAUGUUCUUAACAAGCUUGAGUGUGGAGAUGUGGAUCAUAGCAUUGACUUUGCUAGAUACAGAGUUGAAUGGCUCUGUUCAGUGCUUGUGAGGCUUGGAGGAAGUCUUGAAGAAAACCUACUGCCUCGCCUACAAGAGGCCCAGCAAUUAAUGUAUUUACAUUCGGCGGAGCUAAACGUAGUGGCAGUGACAGAGAAUGUAAAUACUUUCCUAUUGGAACGAACGCACGUGAGCCGCUAUGGCGUUAAUUGACUCUAUUGUUGCAAGGUAUAUAAGGUUUUGACAGUUGUAAUGUAUUCACCUCAGCUCUCGAACUAUCAAAUUUUAAAAUGCCGUUCGAUGAUGAUCUCGCGCAAAGCAUUUCUGAGCUCAAAGAUGAGUUUCGUUCUGGUUUAUCUUCUUUAAAGAGAGAACUUGCACAAGAACAUGAUGCUGCGCUGAAGAAGCUCAAGACAGUUAAUGCUAGUGUUCCGAAAUUUCAAAAAAAAGGCAACGAGAAGCAGUUCUUACUUAAGUCUGAAGUUCUUGAACACGUCCAGUCUGCUUCGACAGCCCUUCAGGCGUCUUCGGCUCAAGUUGAAAAGGCCUUGGAAGAGUUAAAGGAAGGUUCUAAUUUUUCGACCCUGUCGGUGCCGUCAAUUGGCGUAAGGCUCACCGUGGUUUGCGUGUUGGGAGUUGCUUUGCUUGUGGCAGUUUCGGCCAUUUCAGGAAUCAGUGCCCCGUCCUUCAGGCGCAGUUUUCACCUAGCCAACCUGGGAAACGUACGUGAUGGACUGGGAUGUUGGUGCACUCUUCGAGGACACAGAUAAGUUAAGGAACUUUGUUGAAUAUGAACAGGGUCGUAGUUUUACUAUCGUUGUAGCCGGUAGGCUAAAAUCCCAUGUUCAGUUUUGGCGUUCUACAAUGUAUAGGCGCCAGUCAAUUUAUUCCAGAUGUGAUCGAGCAUGGUUAUCGUAUUCCUUUCCACUCUACACCCCCUGUUAGUUUUUCUAGUAAUAAUAAGUCAGCUUUGGCGCAUUCUGAUUUUGUUAACGAAGCUAUUUCCGAAUUGUUGGUUACCAAGCGCAUUUUUGGAUCGGAGGUCCUGCCCCAUAACGUCAACCCUCUCUCCGUUUCUGUUCAGUCAUCUGGGAAGAAGAGGUUGAUCUUGGACCUUAGGUUUGUAAAUAAGCAUGUCUGGAAGCAUAGGGUCAAGUUUGAGGAUCUUAAGGUUGCUCUGAAUUAUUUUGACAAGGAUCAUUUCAUGUUUUCAUUUGUCCUUAAGAGAGGUUAUCAUCAUGUGGUUAUCUUCCCACCCCACCAGACAUUUUGGGUUUUUCCUGGUUUUACCAGAGUAAGGUCCGUUAGUUUUGUGUCAGGGUCCUGCCCUUCGGCCUCUGUUCAGCCCCUUUUGUUUUCACAAAGAUUUUUAGGCCUCUUGUUGCCUACUGGAGGCGGGAUGGUAUUCACAUUGUUGUUUAUCUUGACGAUGGUUUAGGGGAGGGGCCUUCAUAUCAGGUUGCUUUUGCCCAUUCCACCAGGGUUAAGACUGAUUUGGUUCGUUCUGGCUUUGUACCCUACCUUGAGAAAUCUGUUUGAGUUCCUACAUCAGUCCUUGAUUGGUUGGUUUUCACCAUUGAUCUUUUCAGGGUUUGCCUUUGUUCCGGGGAUAAAGCUCAAGCGGGUUCUUUCUGACAUUGAUUCCGUUUUAGAGGCUAAUUGUUGCACCGCCAGGGAACUGUCUGCUCUUGCUGGUCGUAUUAAUUCCUUUAAACUAGCUGUAGGUAAUGUUACAACAUUGAUGACAAAGUUUAUUCAUAUGUCCAUCGUCCUUCAGCCUAGUUGGGACUCUAGGUUUCCUUUGUCCGAUUCUGUCAAAGAAGAGCUAUUUUUCUGGAAAGUGAACUUCGCUGUUUGCAUGGGAGGCACUUUGGGCGUCACUUUUCAUGUUCUCGUUCCAUUGUUUAUUCAGAUGCUAGUGACCUAGGGGUUUGCGGUGUUGUUAAAGACCACAAGGGUGUUAUUUGUCAUCUUCCGUGGACUGCUAAUGAAAUGUUUUGCAGCUAUAUUUCUCUCUAGUUUUUCCGUAGUUUUGUCAGGGUGCGCAGUUUAAUGGUUUACGGAUAACCGCAACAUUCCGUCCAUUAUUCGUAACGGGAGUAUGAAGCGGGAUUUACACAAAAUUUCCCUCUCUAUUUUUCAGCUAGUUUAGCGAAAUGAUAUUGAUUUGCAGGUGGACUGGAUUCCUAGGUCUCUCCAUGAGCACGCGGAUACCAUCAGUAGGCUAGGAUCGUUGACUUUGAUGACUGGGGUGUUUCGUUUGAAUUUGUCCGCCUUGUAGACAAAAUUUGGGGUCCACAUUCUGUAGAUCGUUUUGCCCAUUCCCAUAACCACAAAUUACCCAGAUUCGUUUCUCGUUUCUGGAAUCCUGACUCGGAGGGGGUGGAUGCCUUUUGUUUUGACUGGGCAGGGGAGAACAACUAGCUCGUUGCCCCAGUGUCCCUUGUUCCCUGGGUUAUUAGGCAUUUGUUUGUAUGUAGGUCCAUGGGCACUCUUAUUGUCCCUAAGUGGGUCUCAGCUCCAUUUUGGCCCAUGCUCUUUGGUUCCCAUUCCCCCUUUUCCGUUCGUGUUAAGAGACCAUUGCUUUUACCAAUGUUAUUAACAUUUUUGUUCCGGGCCCCACAGAGUCUAUUUUUGAUGGCUCUAAAUUUAAGUCUCAUGUAUUAGCCGUCCGUUUGUCGGCUUGUUAGAUUUCAGUGUGUUUCUAGGCUUAGUUUCUUUUCCGCAGUUACGUGUAGUUACCUUGUUUAGCCUAUAUUAAAGUGUGGUUUAUUAUUUUUGAGUGAAUUGUUCUGUUUUUUCUUUUGCCUCGGUGGCAUUUAUGCAGGUCUCGGUGACCUUGUUUCUACCUUCACAGAUCCCGACAGGUCAUACCGUUACAUUCUUGAGUGACCUCUGUCAGUUUUGAAUCCUUCCAUGCAGGUCCCCCAUAUAUGUGGUCGCGUGCGCCUCGGUGGCCACUCUCUUGUUAUCUUAUGUACCUGUGUAAUAGUUGUAUGUUUUUUCACUACAUAUUAGCGCGCGUUUCCUUUUUCCUCUCCUUUUUUCUCGUGCAUCUUUUUCCUUUUUUAAGUCCUUAUACUGAAUCCAUAUAGUCUUUUCUUUCUUCUGUUUUUCACAUGUUUUCGCUAGCCCUAUGUGGGCUGAGCUUAACGAUGUCAGAGCUCUCUUCCUACACUGCUUAGCUAAAAAGCUACGGGAGAUAGUCCUUGGUUCCAGGGCAGAUUCCACUACUCUCACCUACCUCAACAGUUUUAAUUAAGCGAUGGCGUGCUCGGACCAACAGAUUUCCAGAGGUCGCAGUGCUGCCUGCUUCUCCGGCUUACGUUUCUUUGUACCUGCUCAGUGUUCUCCAGGCUUCUAGUUCUCCUGCGCCGGUCCAGAACGCCUUCUAUAACAUCCGCUGGGCUCAUGAUGUUGCUGGUUUCGACUCUUCUACCAAUCACUUCCCCAGAAGGUCGUGGAGUCCGCUAAGAGAAGGCUAUUACACCUUACUUCCAAAAGCUCCCUAUUACACCCGCAAUUUUACAAAAGUUUUUUCGGAGUCUCGAUGGAUCUUUGGUGGACACGAGAUUCAUCGCCAUGGCGUUACUGGCCUUUGCGGGGUUCUUAGGAUUUGAUGAAUUGGCUAAUCUGAAUCUUAAAGAUUUAGCUCUGCACGACACUCAUUUUGAACUUUUUUAUUGAAAGCAGUAAAACUGAUCAAUAUCGCGAGGGCGCUAUUGUCCCCAUUGUCAAGUCUGGCACGGAUCUUUGCCCCUGGGGUAAUUUAGAGAAGUACUUAUCGUUAGCCAAACUCACUUUACCGACAUCUUCCCAAGGUGGAGACGACUAUUUGCUCAGAAAUAUUCAAACCAGGUCUGGCUCUCAGUCUCGACUCAGUCCAUCGGCUUCCAAAUUGUCUUGUACAAGAUGUAGAGAAGUUUUAUUGAAGAAGAUUGCAGACGUAGGCUUAGAUCCCAAGUCUUUCUCUUGGCACAGCUUCAGAAGUGACGGUGCAUCUGCUGCCGCUAAUGGUGGUAUCUCCGAUAGAAUGUUUAAGCGCCUUGGUAGAUGGCGUUCGGAAAACACUAGGAUGGUUACUUUGCAGACUCGUUAGAGAGCCGAUUAGCGGUCUCUAUGUCUCUUGGACUGUAAUUGUUUCCCAUUCUUUGUUUUCUCAGCCGCUCCAUAGUUCGAGCUGCACACCCAUUCCCGUCUCUUAGUCGUGAAUAUAAAUAGGAACUUGCCAUUCUCGACAGGGACGAUUAUUUUAACUGUAUAAGUUAUGCACCUCCAGUGAUUAAAACCGGCAUAAGAGGACGUCCAAAAUUUUACAUUCCAAGAGAACAGCUUGAAUAUUUUAUUAAAUAUGGUUUCAAAGCAACUGACAUUUCCAAGAUGUUAUGCGUGUGUGAUAAAACUGUUUAUAGAAGACUGGAGGAGUAUGGCAUUUCAAUGCGAAUGAACUACACUCAGAUAACAGAGCCAGAGCUAGAUGACGUAAUAAGGAACAGUCUGCAGGAGUUUCCUAAUUCAGGUUACAAAUCAUUACGUGGUCAUCUCUUGGCUAGGGGACUGAAAGUACAAGAACGUCGAUUAAGGGAGGCUAUGAGAAGGACUGAUCCUGAAGGUAUAAUAGUACGUGCCUUGCAACUGCGGGUCACCCACGGAAGAGUGUACAACGUUAAGCAACCCCUUUCACUGUGGCAUAUGGAUGGGAAUCAUAAGCUCAUAAGGUAG